CUCAUAAGUGUAUGUGGUAACAAGAGAUUUUCCAUGCACCAAUCUGUAAUUUCUUUAAAAAUAAGUUUGAUAUUCUUAAACUCUUCAUGACACUUUAAUUGUAUUUAAUUAUUAUCAUCGCGUAAGAUCAUUUAUGUAUUAGUGGGCCUGGGAGUUCUCAAGAAAAUAUCAUGCCGUUGCAAAUCUGAUUGCAUUUUAAUAAUUUCGUUAAUUUUAGAAAGAACAUGCAAAUUUUGCUAAUCUUCUACUGAUAAGCCAUUAUUUAAUUUAAAAAAAUUAAUUUUGAUAACAGGUUACAUUUUCUAUUAACUCACACCUACAACAAAACCGAUAUUUAAAUUUAAUUACAUUAUCCAAGAAGGAAAUUGGAAAAGGAAGUACUUUGACAUAAACUUAUCGCGAUCGAAGAUUAACAGCAGAUUGCAUUUCAUAAGGACAUUCAGAUUUGUAUAGGUACAAAAAAAAACAUUAGUAUAUGACAAUAUAACAUCAUUCUAAUUACACCUUCGUCGUCGUGAUACCUGCGAUGUUGUUAAUUACGUGUUUAGUAUGUGCAUGGGCUUUUAUUAGUUAUUUGUAUGCUACGGGUUUCUUUAGGAAGGUAAACAAAUUUGUGCGUUAUUUGAAAUUGAUGAACCGACUGCCUGGUCCUCAGAGGCAUGCAGUUUUUGGAAAUAUUUCGCAGCUAUGGUGUAGAUCUGUAACAUUCUUCAAAAAACUUAGGAAAUGGAGUAAAGACCAUGGACCUCUUUACGUACUUUCUGCCAGUGUUCUGUUUCCUUCUGCAAAUAUAUCAGGACCAGAAGCUUUUGAGGCAAUUGCAUCGACUACCAAAAAUAUUGAAAAGAAUCCAGUGUACAUAUUUCUACAUUUAUGGUUAGGAGAUGGUUUAUUGACAAGUACAGGUACCAAAUGGCAUACAAGACGAAAAAUCCUGACACCAGCAUUUCAUUUUUCAAUUUUGCAGCAAUUUAUAAUGAUAUUUAAUUCGGAAACCAAGAAAUUAGUUGAAUUUUUGAAAAAAGAAUCCAAGAAACCUUGGAUCAAUGUGGUGCCGUUCAUUUCACAAUUCACUCUCAAUUCAAUUACAGAAACAUCCAUGGGCACGGCUUUGAACCUGGAAUCAGAAGAAGACAAAAACUACGUAUCCGCUAUUUACCAAAUCGGUAGAAUAAUGUACGAAAGGUUCAUGCGACCUUGGCAGUAUUUCAGUAUAAUUUUCUACAACUUCAGCUCGUCUGGUCGCAAAGAAAAACAACUGGUCAAAACUUUGCAUAAUUUCACCAACAAGAUUAUCGCCAAAAGGAUGAGCACUUUCGAGAAAUUCGACGUACCUGAUGACAAUGAUUCUUAUAACUAUUCGAAAAGAAAGAAGCUUGCGUUUUUGGAUUUAUUGAUUAAUGCCAAAAUUACCAACGGCAGCAUUGACGACCAAGGUAUUAAAGAUGAAGUUAAUACGUUUAUGUUCGAGGGUCAUGAUACAACGGCAAUGUCAAUUUGUUUUACCUUGAUGUUAUUAGCAAACCACAGAAAUCACCAGGAUCAAAUUUACCAAGAAAUAAUCUCGGUUCUCGGAGAAUCUAACAUGAACCCGGAACUGAACGAUCUAAACGAGUUGAAAUUUAUGGAGCGUUGCAUCAAAGAAAGUUUGAGGUUAUAUCCGAGCGUACCGUUCAUAGGAAGGACUAUGGAAGAAGAUACGAUUGUAGGUGGAUAUCUGAUUCCUAAAAAUACACCGACAAAUAUCCACAUAUUUGAUAUUCAUAGAAACGAGAAACAUUGGCCGGAUCCAGAAAAAUUUGACCCUGACAGAUUUUUGCCGGAAAAUUGCGUCAAUAGACAUCCGUUUGCUUAUGCUCCAUUUAGUGCGGGACCCAGAAAUUGUAUAGGACAAAGAUUUGCUAUUUUGGAACUGAAAGCGGUUUUAUGUGGAAUUUUAAGAAACUUCAUUUUGGAACCUGUAGAUAGACCUGAAACGCUGCAAUUGGUCCCUGAUAUCGUCCUUCGAACUGCCAAUCAAACGGUAAAUGUCAAAUUUACGUUGAGAAAUCCUUAAUCACUCAUUUUCAAGCUUUAAUAAUUUAAGAUAUAGAUCUAAUGUAUUAUAAUUUGUUAUGCUGCGUACUAAAUAAAACAAAAAACUGUACAUAAAUAGAGUUUGUUAAUAAAAUGUUUUAUAAUGUUUUUUACUCCACGAUUUUAUGAUUUCCUUUUUUAAUUUUUAGACUAUCAUAUGUAUGAUAAAAUAUACAAAAAUUCCCAGAUAAUGAAAUUUAAAAUUAUGUCAAAAUUGAAGUUAGCAAAGCUGGACGAUUUCGUCUAGAAAAAUUUUAUUGUGAAAUUAUCAAGGAUGUUGUUAUUUGAUUUUUAAGAUGAUAGAUUGACAUUAAAAUUUUAAGUUGUCAGAGGGGAAUUUAAAAAAAUUCAGGACAGAUUUUCUUUGCAGAGGUAUAAAUGUUGUUAAAAUUAGAAAUUGAUAGAAAUUGUAAAGAUAGUUGUUAUUGAGAAGUUAAAAAUAAACAA